UAAACUCUUAACCCUGGAUUACACCCUGGAAUAUCAGUUACGUGGUUAAAGCCCCGUGGUCCUAUUCCGGAAUCACUCUCAACCAAAGUGUUCCCAUUUGUCACGGUUCCCUGAACCGUCGAGUGGCCCUCUUUACGCUCAAAUGGCAAACUCGUGUCUCCAACUGAGCGGCUUCAUCGUCAGCUGCGUCGGCUGGCUGGGCGUCGUCAUCGCCAUCUCCACCAACGACUGGGUGAUCAUGUGCAAAUACGGCUUGAACACGUGCAAGAAGAUGGACGAGCUGGAAGCCAAAGGACCCUGGGCCGAAUGCGUCAUCUCCACGGGACUCUACCACUGCUACUCCCUGUCGCAGAUCCUGGAGCUGCCAGCCUACAUCCAGACGACCCGCGCCCUGAUGAUCACGGGCUCCAUCCUCGGCCUCCCCGCCGUGGCGAUGGUCCUCAUGUCCAUGCCGUGCAUCAGCUGCGGCGGCAACGAGCCGCAGGGCUCCAAGAACAAGCGCACCGUGUUGGGGGGGGUGCUCGUGCUCAUCGUCGCACUGUGCGGUCUGGUGUCCACGGUCUGGUUCCCCAUCGGCGCUCACCGCGAGCGCGGCCUCAUGGCCUUCGGCUUCUCCCUCUACACCGGGUGGGUGGGCAGCAUCUUCUCCCUGCUGGGCGGCUGCAUCCUCACCUGCUGCUCCUCAGACUCCUCCUCCUACUCGGAGUCCCGCCCCUACCAGGACAACAACCGCUUCUACUACUCCAAGCAGGGCGGCGGGAACCCGGCGGCCGCCCCGUCCUCCAAUCACGCCAAGAGCGCCCACGUCUAAGACAUCCCCCCCAAGCAGAUGUGUAGGGAACUGAACACUUGUAUAUAUACACACACACACACACACACACACACUAGCAGGGACACACACAAACACAUGUUCAAGAAGUCCUUGAACUAGCAAAGAAAACACACAAGAGAGACAUUAUUUUAUUAUUUUGGGUCCUCCAGCCUCCCGGCGAUGGACUCGGCGUGGACCACCCGAGGCCUCGUGGACCGCUCUUCUAUACGACUUCUAUUUUUCUAUCUAGAUGCUGAAAUCUCACGAGUGUCUUUGUUGAUAAAUCAGUUGUUUGCUAUAUCGUACAAUACGAUGAUCUGUUGUUUUGAUUAGAGCAGGGUAUGACAGUAUUAUAUAUUUUAACAUUGUUUACGUAAAUUGAUUUUUUUUCCUCCUCAACAGUAUUGUUUAACUCUGAGUGAUGGACUUGAUUAAAAAGCAAAGGAUGAAGGGAACACCCUCUCCACAGGGGAGCUUUAACCAGCAGCGUGUGUGUGCACAUUUGGUUCACCACUCACUCCUUUAAUCGUAACAUUUGCUCAUCUAAAACCCAUUUUAUGUGACUAACUCUAAGCAGCUUAUCCUGUAACUGUGUAAUUAUACAUGUCCGUUAAACACCUUCGUCUAAGUUCUUCAUAAACAACGUUUCCGUGGAGCUAAAAAUGAUGUUUUCCUCCGAGAAAAUAGAAAUAAACUAUUUUGAUUAGCUUCUCUGACAAUAAUGCGAUGACUUGAAUGUUCAAUAUCUCAAAAAAUGCUUUGAACACAGACGGAAACGUCCGACUCAGAUCCACAGAGGCAAUGUUCGCUGGUUAUUUAUUGUUUCCCUUGUGCUGUGUUGUUCUCUGUAAUAAAGAUAAAAGAAUGAAAAGUU